AGACUUUUCCAGCUUCUUGUCAUGAGUGUUUGUGAGUAGCGCUUCUCGUAUUUCCGCUGGGGAUGGCAGGGCAUCCAAAGAUAUUGUGCAAGAAGCCCAUUGAUUCCUCUGUCCCAGGACUGUCUUGUCGGUGGUUCUCCUGAAUCUCAUGCAAAACGUUUUGCCUCCUGGCCUUUCUUUCCAAGAGCCCCAACAGGGAUGUGGUGUAUGUGUCUCAGGAUGUUGCACAGGCCAAAUUUAUAUUCUGCUGCAGAACUAAACCGUACACUUUGCAUAAGGCAGGCGCUGGGAGCAGGGGCUCUGGUUAAAUUCUCUGCUUUCCCAGUUAGCUUGCACUCGAUGAGUGCUAAUUGCACUUGGCAAGAGUCUGCCAUCCUUCUUAUAUUUAAUUGUGGAGUGUUGUUGUAUUUGUUUUGUUUUCCAUGGAUCAACUGGCACUGUUACUGUUGCUUCCCUUCCCUUCCUUUUCCACUUUGUCAGUAUUAAGUCAAGUUCUGCAAAGUAGGGACGAGUUCUCCAGUCUGGGGCUUUGUUGUUUUCCUAGCAAACCACUGCAUGCCCAACAGUACAAUUCCAGAUGUUAUAAUGUCCUUGGCAUCUGAGAGGCAUCUUACCCGCACUUUGGAUAGCGAGUGACUCCCUGUUGAUUUGCUUGCAACCACAGGGCUGAGCAGGAUGGAUGGCGUUCCCAGCCCGGGAGUCUUUCCCCCCGUCUCCCCUCGGCACUCAACUCUGAAGCGCCUUCUCUCAUCCCGGCAGAAGUGACCCUACCUUGAACUUGCUCACUCAGAUUGAUUGCACAGCCUUCUCCUCUCUUACAAGAGGCCUGUGAAAGGGAGGGAAACGAGAAUACUUCACAGAUGACUCUUCCUCCGCGUGGGAACAGACGGAGGUCAGAGAAAGGCAGCUUACAGAGGCUGCCACAUUUGGUGGUGACAUCCCCCUUCCCAAUCUCUUGCGCCCAGCAUAGACUUGUUGGAGCCUUCUGCUCAAAAAGACAAGACAGAGAUAUUUCCUUAGCUACUUUUCCUGGCUCUUUCCAGGCAUCCCCCUCCCCUGCCUCUCCAUGCAAAACUUUGCUUUUGGGCCUGGCUUCUUCAGAGACUGGCUGGCAGGCUGUCAAGCUUAACGAAAAAGAAUAGAUUCAAGGUUCCAUCUGGACAUUCCAACCAGCAGAUUGGAAAGCCUGCUGGUGCCAAGAUGUCUUUUCCAGGUUUGACGUUGGGGGCCGAACAGCUGCUGACAAAGCAGUCUCGUUUGUGAAACUCUGUUGUCUUCCUUGAGCAGAGUAUGGAACAUACGCCACUCUUAGAGGACUCCGGGGUGCUACUUAAACCCACGUGACUCAGGGACGAGAUCCAGGCACUGAUGCGAUGCGGCCUAUCAGGAUGGAGUCUCCACAUUACUCAGCCCCCUUCUACCGGGAAUAUCACAAUAGCAACGUAAUUUCUCUGCACUACAACUACACAGGGAAGCUCAGUGCCAGCAAAUACAAAGGGAGCCUCAAAGCUGAUGCCGUCGUCUUCUUGGUUGUGUGUGCCUUCAUUGUGGUGGAAAAUCUAGUGGUCCUGCUAGCCAUCUGGAGGAACAAGAAGUUCCACUCGCCCAUGUAUUAUCUGAUUGGGAAUCUGACCCUGUCAGACUUGCUGGCUGGAGUGGCUUACACGGCCAACAUCAUCAUGUCUGGGCCCAUGACCCUCAAGCUGACCCCUGUCCAGUGGUUUCUGCGAGAAGGUGGGGUCUUUGUCACCCUUGCUGCGUCCGUCCUCAGCCUCCUCGCCAUCGCCAUCGAGCGGCACAUCACUAUGGUCCGCAUGAGACUCUACCACGGCGACAAGAAAGGGCGGAUGUUCCUGCUGGUGGGUGCCAGCUGGCUGGCCUCCGUCUUGCUCGGGGUGCUCCCGAUCCUGGGCUGGAACUGCAUAGACAGCCUCCCGGAAUGUUCGACAGUAUUGCCCCUCUAUUCGAAACAUUACAUCCUCUUCUGCAUCACCAUUUUCUUAGCCAUCUUGAUUUCCAUUGUGGUGCUCUACGCCCGCAUCUACCGCAUGGUCAAGUUCAAUGGGCAGCGCCUGGGCACCCUCCGCAAGGGCAUGCUCAAGAAGUCCCAGAAGUACAUGGCCCUGCUGAAGACCGUGACCAUUGUGGUGGGCACCUUCAUUGCCUGCUGGCUACCCCUCUUCCUCCUCUUGCUGUUGGAUGUCGCCUGCCAGAUCCAGGCUUGCAGCGUGCUGUACAAGGCGGACUAUUUCUUGGGCUUGGCAAUGAUCAACUCUCUCCUGAAUCCCAUCAUCUAUACCCUCACCAGUAAGGACAUGCGGCGGGCCAUUUUCAAGUUGCUCUGCUGCCUCCUGGUGAUCGCGCCCGGGGCGGAGGACAGGCAAGCCAAGCGCUUUGGUUUCCCCAUCUUGGAGGGCAGCACCAGCAAGUCGGAGCGCUCGUCGCACCAGCAGGAGGAGCCGAAUAAUAGCAUGUCCGUUGGGAACGGCACCCCUGCAGCCAUCAAGGCACUGGUUCUAAAAGCCACUUUCUGACGUCCUUGGUGUACCCUAUUGAGAGGGGGGGGGGCAUCAGCAUUGGAGCAUAGGCAGGCAGAAGAGCAGGGGCUGGAAGUACAUGUCUUGCCGGAACUGGGACUGAAGCCCUGUGAGCAAUGCUGUGGCAGCAUUUGAAGGAGUCCCAGGCUGGGAGGAAGGCAAGCAGAGGAUCUGUGGGAUAGACAAGAAAACCUGAACAGUGCAGGUACCUGAGCACAGUAGGACCUGACUGUUGUUCAGAUAAAGAGAGGCCUGAUUCAGAAGCUAAACCAGACAGGCAUGGAGCUGGGAAGAGAAGACUGUAGGGAGGUUGUUUUAUUCCAUUACAGGAAGGGUUGGGGCAAAAUCUGGUGCUCCAGAUUCUGUAGGACUGCAACUCUGAGAAUUCCUGAUCACGGACUAUGCUGACCCAGGCUGCUGGAGCCACAGCUUAACGACAUCUGUUGGUUUGCUCAUCAACCAAUCAGUCAUUAUAAUCCCCCCGGUGGGCUUAGUUCAGGCCUGCAUUAUUUUGUCAAGUGCUUGACUUUUUAAAGUGUUUCUACUAUGUUUUCUUAAUUAUUAUUUUCUUCUUUUAUUUUUUUUUAUAUCAUGAUUUUAUUGUACAUUUUUGGGAACCCUGUUGGGUAGAAAAGUAACCUAUAAAUGCUUUGAAU